CUACAGAUGUCUCAUGUAAAACAAAUGGAUAUGGAAAAUGACUCUUCAGUGACUGAGUUCAUUUUUAUAGGAUUAACAGAUCAGCCAGAACUCCAGCUGCCCCUGUUUCUUCUGUUCUUUGUGAACUACACAGCCACUGUGGUGGGAAACUUGAGUUUAAUGAGUCUCAUCUGCCUGAAUUCUCAUCUUCACACACCAAUGUACAUUUUUAUCCUCAACUUGUCCCUCAUUGACUUCUGUUAUUCUUCUGUUUUUACCCCCAAAACGCUGAUGAACUUUGUCUCAGAAAUCAACACCAUAUCCUUCAGAGGAUGCAUGGCUCAACUAUUUUUCUUCUGCCUUUUUGUUAAUUCUGAGUGCUUCGUGCUGACAGUCAUGGCCUACGAUAGGUAUGUGGCCAUCUGUAGGCCCCUGAUGUACACAGUAGUCAUGUCUCCCGGGGCUUGUUCUCUGCUAAUGCUUGCUUCACACUUGAUGGGGCUCUCUAGUGCCAUUGUGCACACAGGGUGUAUUAUCAGACUCAGGUUUUGCAAUUCAAAUGUCAUCAACCACUACAUGUGUGAUACAUUCCCACUGCUGGAGCUCUCCUGUGGGAGCAGUCAUGCCAAUGAGCUUGUGAGUUCUGUUUCUGUGGCUGUAGUUAUUGUUGGCACUGGCAUCAUUAUUAUGUCCUCCUAUGCUUUUAUUCUUGUUAAUAUUAUUCAUUUGUCAUCAUCUAAGGGUUUGUCUAAAGCCAUGAGCACAUGUAGUUCUCACAUAAUAACUGUUGCCCUGUUCUACGGAUUUGGUCUGCUUGCUCAUAUCAUGCCAUCAUCUGCAGAGUCUGUGGUUCAGAGGAAAUUUUUUUCAGUAGUUUACACAUUUGUUCUGCCUUUACUAAACCCACUCAUUUACAGCCUUAGGAACAGGGAUGUCAAACUUGCUGUGAAGAGAACAUUGAAGAGAAUCACAGUCUAA